AGGGCAAGGCAGAACACACACAACACUCAGCAACACUUCCAGACGUUCUUUCUCGUCCUGUAGCACAAUGAAGAUUUGGGUGUUCCUCCUGCUGGUGGCGGUGACCAGUGCCAAGGUGUUCGACAGAUGUGAGCUGGCGAGAACGCUGAAAGCAGCUGGAAUGUCCGGCUUCAAAAACGUCAGUCUGGCUGACUGGGUUUGCACGGCCUACGCAGAGUCCCGCUAUAACACUCAGGCCACCAACAAAAACACUGAUGGCUCAACGGACUACGGCAUUUUCCAGAUCAACAAUCGCUGGUGGUGUUCUGAUGGCCAGUACCCCAGCUACAACAGCUGUCGAAUCUCCUGCAGCCAGCUACUGACUGAUGACAUCUCCACUGCCAUCCAAUGUGCCAAGAUCAUUGUGAGUCAGCAGGGCAUCUCAGCAUGGGUGGGGUGGCGUAAUACAUGUGAGAACAAAGAUGUGAGCCACUACAUCGCAGGUUGUGGAGUUCAAAUGAAGAACACUGAUUGAUGGGCUGCAAGCUGAAUUAACUGCAUCUCAUGAACAAUAUUGUGCCACUUCUUUAGCACAUAGUUUAAUGUUUUUCUUUCUCAUGAACUAUUAAAAGCAAUUGUGCUGUAUUUGCUUAACUUAAAGCUUAUGAGGCAGAUAUCAGUUAUUAUUUUGGUAAAUAUCUUCACAUGCGCAAGUUAUGCAAUAUAUUAUGCAAGCUUUUAGAAGAAGACGCUGCAAAUAGCAAAGGGGAAAUGCAUUAUAAUAGCAUUACAGCAUUAUAAUCAUUAUCAAACUGUAAUAAUCAAGACCUGUAUAUAUCAACAUGAGAAAAGCAUCAAAUAAAUACCUAGAACAUGCAAA